AAUAAAACCCUCGAAUAACGCGUGUGGUCAAAAGAAAUAACAUAGAAGGCAGUGAAAAAGGAUACCGUUUUUGUUAUCUAGUACGCAAAUGGUAUCGAAGUGCGUGAAAAUAUACCAUCCAUAUCGUUCGCCUCGGUAUGCCAGCAAAGAAAAGUAGUUGGCACACCGCGCGAGGUGUGUGCUAGUGUGUGCGAAGCCGGCAGCGGGUGCACGAAUCUUGUAAAGUCGGCAAAUAUCCGACGGUUUAGCAGUGAGUCGAAACGACAACGUCCGCUUGAAGCCAGUCUGUUCCCCGGUAGUGCGGUGCUCGGUGAAAAGAACUAGAUGUGGCGGAAUCUACCGUCGACAUUGUGCGGCCCGCGUGGUGAAAAGCCGGGAGUUUCGUCCCUUGAAUGCUCCACGUGACUUCAACAUAGGUUAGAUCACUAGUAUUCAAACCUAAGCCUCCAGCAAUUGGUUCUCGGUUCUGGGAGCAGUCUUUCAGAACCGAGACAAUCUGCAAUCAAAACCAACGACAAUAGUCAGUAAGUUAGUACCCGAGAAGCAGCAGAUAAAACGGUACCGAUCACAACUGGUGGCUUCGUAACUCCGGGAGACGACUGCUAUACAGUCGGCCACAGCCAUGAUCAAUCUCUCCACGACGGCAGCAGCACACGCUUACGCUUGCCGCCCUGGCGGAUCGAAUGUGGUCGUGGUGAACAGCAUCUCCCCGCUCGGCGGUGGCCGUAGACAGCAGCGCCGACGUGUACCGUCCGCCGCCCACCCGACCAACGGUCCGGACACGGUGGUAAACGGUGGCCUCGAACUGCUCGGCGAAGGUUUCGUCGGUAUCAAUGGUUUCCGAAACAAUCGAUUUCAGUACCAAAUCCCCACAGUUGGCCAGCAUUAUGGCAAUGCAUUUCACCUGGCGGAUGAUGACGAAGAGGUGACCGAAGUUAUCGGCGAUCAUCAUCAUCAUCCCGGGCUCGUCGAACAGGACGGUUCCGCCAGCGGGGACACCAUGUACCUGCACGACAUCAUGGGCGAUCACAUCAACGACGAUGACGACGAGGAAGACGUUGAAAUGUCCACCGCUGUGGAGGUGAUUUCCAUCGAUCCAAAUUGUGAUUACGACACGGAGGAUGAAGAUGAGGCGGAGGGAGAUGAGGAGGAUGAACAGGAUGACGACGACGAGGAGGAAGAAGGUGAAGAGGAAAGCUGUUGGUUUGUAAAAGGCGGUGGUAUCAAUAUGCUUGCACCAUCUGGCGGUGCUGGCAGUGAUCAGGUGCAGCAUAACGUGAGCCUUACGGUGGACGUUGCCCAUGAAGUGAUAGAUGUUGGUGAUAUCCGUUGCGGUAUUGUUGCAAUGUCCUCGCCUGGGACGGUGCAGCAGGGCAGAAGCAGAAGCAACAGUUGUAGUAGUACAUCUAGCAGUGCAACUAACACUAGCAGCAGUAGUAGUGCUAGUUGUAAUAGCAACAAGAGCAGCAAAUCAAAUAUAUCCUCCUGCCCAGUCAAACAGGAGGAGGGGGAGGAGGAUGUGCAGGAGUUGGUUAAGAAGGAAGAGGAGGACGAUGAUGAGGAAUUCGGCAGCUACUACCAUCAACAGCACCAGCAAAACCAUUCCGAUGGAACCAGUUUAGAGUUUAACCCAACCAAAGGUGUCCCGUUUGAGCCUCCGGAGCAGCUGCUGCAGGUUAAAAUAGAGUCGACUCCACCGCGACCACAGCCGGGUCGUCGAAAAAGGACCUCCUCCAGCCAACGGCGGUCAUUUUCGAUGCCCCAUUCGCCCGUGGGGGUUGCAAACGGUAUCGACGGUGUCGUGGCUUCCCUCAUUCCAACGAGCUUCAGCUUUGAGGACCUUGAUUCGCUCGUCCUGAGUCCACUGAAGGCGCUGGUUGGAGGCGCCUCCACUGGUGGUCCAGCAAGGGAAAACGAAACCGAUCUGGACGAUUCGCUAGUUGAGGAACUGGCGAACGAUGGGAACUUCGAUUUAGCUGAGUACAUCACGGGUGAUGACUCGACCACUUCGUGCGACACGAACGGGUACUUUACCGAGCGAAAGCGCCCGAAAGCUGAUUACCAGCAGGGACAGCAGCAGCAGCAACAGCAAGCGAAGCGCACCCUGGAUCAUCCAAAGUCGAAGGGAAAGGAGUUGAAGGUGCUUCGCCAAUUGAUGCUGCCGCAGAGGAAGCCGACGAAGACGCAAGUAAAUGCUGAGACGCCCCUCUCGUUCAGCAGUGAAGAGCUGAGUGCUCAACCGUCGUUGAACGGACGACGAAGCUGUACCGCGAAAGUGUUGUCCCGCGUGGCGCUUGACGAGGAUAGUAGUGAUUCCGAGGAGGAUCAUUUAGCGGGCGACGUUACGACCCGCCGAAAGGAACCGACUGUCGGAAGUAGGAAGGGCAAAAGAAAAGCAGCGGACGACGCAGAUCCCACGUGGAAUCCGAAUGCGAACAAAUCAUUGACGCAUGUGAAGGGUGAUGCUAAGGUGCAGCAGCAUCAAAAACUGCCACUAGCAAACUCGCCUUGCGUUGCGGGUAAACCAUCUCCUGCUGGAAAUAGAGAAGAUGCUGGUGGUGGAAAAUCGUCCCCGGGAAAGGUGGUCACCAGCGGCGCCGCAAACUCAGCCAAGGGAGUAAAGUUUGGUCCGGUGGUGGUCCGUAAGGAUCCCUCCUCCUGUGCCUCGUCCAGCCCGUCGUCUACGACGCCCGUUUGCAAGAAGCCACCACUUCCUGGCAAUGUCCAUAAGCAAACCAAUCCUAUCGGCGACGGUGGUAACAAUCCCGCCCGACCGGACCUGCCACGAACGAAUGUGUUGCGUAAAAAGACAAAUGUAAAGCUCGACCAUGACUACUGCUCGCCCAAAAAUGUUGCCCUUGCUGCAGCGGCUGGUGGACAGAUGGCGGCCAGUGGAGGUGUUGGUGUCGGUUGCCAGCGUAAAGCAAUCGAGAUACCCUUUCUCCUUCCCACGAAGGAUCAGCUGCGUCGCGAGCGCAAGCUGCAGAAGGAAAAGAAGCGCACCGAGCGUACGGUCGCUAAGAAGGUGGAAGAGCAGCAGCAACAGCAGCAGCAGCGGGUGGCAGGUGAAGCAGUCGAUGAUAAUAGCAAAGAUAAGCAAGCUCCUCAGCAUCAACCCACCCCAGGUUGCGGUAGCAGUAAUAGUAGUAGCAGUAGUCCGUCUACAGUGCAAAAGACAGCAGUGAAGAUUCCCGCACCGACGGCGCAUGAAUCCUCUUUGUCAGAUGUAGAUAAACCGUGUGAAAAAAAUAAUCCAACUGGUAACCUCGCCGACUGCAGUAGUGAUAAUGCGGGCGCUAAUGAGGUGACCCAAUCGUACGCAAAGAAACCCUCCUCCUCUUCCUCAUUCGGUAUAGCGCCUCCGGUUGUUAGUGGUGGCACGGUGAAGCGGCAGGUAUCGCUGUUGAAGAUAAACCAACCAACAACAGCACGCGCUUCUUCCCCACGGGACCCGUCGAACGAUGACGGUAACGCGAAUCAUGUGAGUUCGUCGGGGACAGCCGGUAGUACCAGUAGUCCGUCAGUGGUGAAACAAGAUAUUGCAGCGACCGAAACAGGCGUCGUGCGUAGAAAGUUGAAUCUUCAGGAGUACAAAAAGCGUCGGGAGCACUGCGAGGCCAAACCGCCGGCGGAUCCCGUGGUUGUGAAUGGUGGCAACAGUGUAGUAGCUGGGAAGGGUGAUGUAGUUCCGAAGGUUCAGAGCGAUCCGCGGUUGAGGCCUGCCGCCUCGGUUAGUGCAGUGGCCCGAAAUGAACUGCCGAGCGAUAGGAUAGUGAGCGUUUCAAACGGGUUGCGUACACCACCGACGGGAGGAACCACGUUUUCCCAAACGGCUGCGACGACAUCGAUCAAGCAGGAACCACUCGAUCCCAUUUCGGCCGCCAAAAUGAAAGCGUUGCGCAUGCAGCAGCUCAAGAAGGAGGCGGCCAUCAAGUCGCACGAGGCGAAACUGAACCAAAAAACGAUGCCACUCAUGCCGAUCGUGCCGCUGGCGCAAAUCACAUCGCUUGAGUUCGAUGAGAAUGGCAAUCCGCUCUCGCUGGACGAGGCGCGGGCCAGGAAGGAAGCGGCCGAUCGCGAGUCACUCAAGCUGCAUCCCGACUUCGAGGAGAUCGUUAUCGUUUCGGUGGGAUGCAAUACGGCCGUUACGAUCGUGCCGGGAGAUUUGGAACCGACGGCAGAAUCGCUCUUGUUGCGUUCUUCCUCGAAUGGUGCAGGAUCGGGUUCCCAGCAGCUGAACAAGCCCUCCGACAAGGAUGCCUCGCUGUUGAUGAACAUCAAGGACACGCUGAAACGGUGUUGCCCGUCCGGAAGUAACAUGCCGGGCAGUUCGCUGAUCGCGAGCAUCCAAGAGGUGAUGAUUAAAAAAUCAAACGCUCCACAAACUAACGCUGCUGCAGCACCCGCGUCGGAGGUUUCGGUAGCGGAAACUGCUAUCACGCUGAAAACCGAAUCGGGUGCAGCUGGUGGGGGUGGUGGUAACGGCCAAGAGCAAUAUCUGCCGAUGCACCAAAGCUCCCCCCAUUUAGGUGUUUCACCUCCGAGCUCAUUUUCACCGGGAAAACCCGAACGAGCGCACACGGUCGUCAAACAAGGUCACGCUGCCGCCAUCAUCAAACCCGAUCCAUCCGCUGAUGGAUCGACGACGGCGGCAACCUUGAAGUCGGCCACUGCGCAUCAAACACCGGAUGAGGCCGCCGCUGCCGCCGCCGCCAUUGCGCCGCCGGAGCACGGCGAAGACAAAGUAAUAAUGCAUUUGCGAAAGGAUCGACCGCGUCCACCCUGCUCCGAUGCGGCAAUGCAGACCGAACCAUCCACUCGGUUUCCACCACUGCGCAAACUUUCGCCCCUCAACCGUGUGGGUACUUCGGCUGGUGGACGAAAUGGAAGUGGUGGCAGCACUGUUGUUAUAGGAUCGAGGCGGAACGAACGUACCCAUCGCAGCCGCCGAAGUGACGGUAGCGAAUCGUCCGAUGCAGAAUCGGACCGCCGUUCGAACCGCUCGAAGUCACGCUCGGGACGCGAUCAGGUGCAGCAGCAGCAUCAUCGCAGCACGAAGGAUCGCAGUCGCAGUCGGCACCGUUCCUCGCGACGCCGCUCAUCUCGGUCGCGUUCCGGCUCACGCUCACGCUCACGAAGCAACUACUCGCAUCGGGUGCACCGUGACGAGCACCACCAUCAUAACAGCAGUAGCAGCAGCAGCAGCAACAACGGCGCCAGCGGUCACUAUUCGCGCAGCCGUCGAAAAUCGCGCACGUCCUCACGUUCGUCUACAUCGUCGUCACGCCGGGGUCGCCGCUCAAUGUCCGCCUCGUCGUCUGCUUCGUCCGCGUCGUCGCGCUCGUCGUCCUCGCGCAGUCGACGUUCGCGCUCGCCCCGUUCUUCCUCCCGCUCGCGCUCCCGCUCGUCGGGACUCCGCUCGGCCACACCGCCCAAUCAGCGGUAUCAGUCGCGCGAGCGCUUAAAUCAUCGCCGGCCGAUGUCACCGGAGCGUAAAAUCGUGUACAUCGGGCGGCUUGAAAACAACACUCGCAAAGAGGAUCUGCACCAGAAGUUCCAACCGUACGGUAAAAUCGUCAAAAUCUCGUUGCACAGCAAGGACAACGGCGUGCGGUAUGGGUUUGUGACGUUCGAGAAACCCCAGCAGGCGUACAGUGCCAUCGAUGCCAGCUCGAACGAUCCCAACCUGCGUGACUAUGAUGUCAGCUUCGGUGGCCGGCGGGACUUUUGCCGCAUGCAGUACGCAGAUUUGGACGGUGAAUUGUCGAACGAUAUGGACCAUCAUAUGCCGUACAUGACCAUGGAUGGCUCGCUCGUCCUACCGCCGAGGGUUCCAAUUGCGUACGGAGGCGUCCCGAUGUGUCAUAAGGAACCGAUCGUUGGCUCGGGAGGCGGACUCGGUGGUGGUGGCGAUAGUUUCGAGGAUUUGUUGAUGCAGUUCAAGAAGGGAAUCGGUGCCAUGAAAGCGCCCCGAAAAACAUGACCCUACGGAGAGGAAAUAAAGGGGGCUGCUGAUGAAGACCAAGGGCGACGAUCGGAGCGGAACGUUUUGCAGUUCGUCACAAGUUUUGUUACAUUUUAUCCCGUACUCUACCUCACAGUUGUACGCUAGUGGUACCAGUAAAUUGUUCGGGAACUCACGAUGGCUAUCCUUAUUGGAUGCAGAAGAGAGACAAUAUUCCGACGCCCCGUAUGUGGUGAUGAAGCAUUGUUCCGAAGCAUUAGAGUUUGCUUGGAGGGCAACGAAAACCAACAACAUGUCGCAACAGAAAAGAAAGAGUCAUUGUCAUCCACAGGAGAAGGAAUAAAAAAGAGCACACGCACACGCAACAAUCGACUGCGCGCUUCUUCCUACGAGUCUCACGAAAAAGCGCAGACUGAGUGCACUAAUUCUGGUCAGAAAAAAAACGAGUAAAAACCACCAGAGCGGGGUUUUUUCUGCGUUACAGCAUUCGAUCGUGUUUGGCAGUUCAAGAAAACCCCAACACAAGUGCUGGGCGCUAGGUUAGGCUGAUUUAGGAUCGAGAAAGACAACCGCACGCCUUUUGGGGCGAAAGGAAAAUAUCUGUGAUUGUUUCUACUAGGAAAGGAAACACGGAAGUGAAUUUGUGUGUGUCUGUGUGUUGCGUGCGUUUGUAGGGAGAUAGGUAAGGAAAGUGGUGGUGGCACUACCAUAGAUGCUAGGUGUUUGUUCUAGGUUCUCGAUAUUUGCGUGCAUGCACUGAUCGUCUCUCUCAUCUUUCUUCUAGUUAGGUGCCUGUUUCGUAGCCAUUUUCGUUUUUGUGCAUUCUGCUCGAAACUAUACAGUACAUAACACUAACUGCUGCGGCACUCGAGUCCCAAGAAAGAGUUGUAGAAACUGCUCCAUUUCAGUUAAUCUACAUCUAACGUUCGGGUGGUGUGUUAAAGUGACCACUUUAAGAGAGAGGUAGAGAAGUGUGGAGGAUGAGGGAACUAAUACCACCCCUCCGUCGUUAUGGUAGUCCUCGAAUUGCUCGACUUUUAUUUUCAUCAACAAGAUCAGCGUGUUCGGUUGUCUUUCUUUCGUAUUACCUUUAUUUUAGAGACCAUUUUUCAAAUGGCGACUAGAAUUUACGAGGCUCUUGCGCCUCCCCCGUAAAGAUAAGAAGCCCUUUCACGUCAAGCUUAGUUUUUUAAGGAUUAGCCUUAGUUGUUUUUUUUUAUACAUACUACCGGAUAUGUGAAUAUUGUUUAUAUAAGCAUUGUAUAUUUUUCGAUUAGUGCAGGCGCCACGUUUCCCGGGCCGAUACAGAUUAGGAGAGCAGGAGAGGAACGAUGAACGAACGUUACGAAUGUGUUCUUUAUAAAUGUAUAACAGCUGCCACGUUCGUUUGAUUAGUUAGUUUCGGUUCCGAUUUUUUGAAUUCUUUUGCCGCGCCACCGUGAGCUCCUUUUCCGUGAAGUGAAGUGCAGGAAAAACUACGAACAACGCCAUCAUACCGAGAGCAGGGCGUAUUUGUCGAC